CUUUUUUUUUUUGGUGGAGAUGAAGGGGUGGGUCUAUGGUACAUCACCUGAGUUGUGGGGUAAAUGUAGAGAGUGUCAAUCAAAGGCAGAGCUCUCAGAGCUGGGAAGGAGGCUCUAGAUGGCGGCUGUGCCUUAGAGAGAGCGCGCUCUGCUCCCUGCCUUCGCCUCACUUUACGCAACUUUCCCUAACUUUCGGGCAGCCUCAGGGGGCCCCCGUAGCCCCCUGCCUCUCCUAGUGACUUACUGGGGUCGAUUUGAACCUUUUUAAGGGAGAGAAGCAGCUUUUAGGAGCUUUCUUUUCGUGCCUUGUUGGAAAGAAGCAGCCGUACUGAGAGCCCAGGUCGUUGUUUUUUCCAGCUUAGAAGCCAUGGCGCACCUCCAUUUUUGUGCGCUCUCUUAAUGAGGUUUUUUUUACCCGUCGGGACCCGUUUUAGCAUUAAUUAUUGCUUUAUUUUUUGACCAGUUAACAUAUUUGAGGAUUAUUUUAUUUAUUUUUCGUUUUUACCGGAGGAUUUUGCCUUUAUUUUUAAUUAUUCUGGAUCUGAUAUUCUGCUACUAGCUAGGACUCUUGCUUUGGACAUACUACAUGGAUCAGCCAUUCAGGCUCUGAAGAAGCUUCGGGCUCAGACUCCGGCAGCCAGUCGGAAAGUGAGCAAGGAAGCGACCCAGGAAGUGGACAUGGCAGCGAGUCAAAUAGCACUUCUGAAUCUUCCGAGAGUCAGUCAGAGUCCGAGAGCGAAUCUGCAGGCUCCAAAUCCCAGCCAGUCCUUCCAGAAGCCAAAGAGAAGCCAGCGUCCAAGAAGGAACGGAUAGCUGAUGUGAAGAAGAUGUGGGAAGAAUAUCCUGAUGUUUAUGGAGUUAGGCGGUCAAACCGAAGCAGACAAGAACCAUCACGAUUUAAUAUUAAGGAAGAGGCCAGUAGCGGGUCUGAGAGUGGGAGCCCAAAACGAAGAGGCCAGAGGCAGCUGAAAAAACAAGAAAAAUGGAAACGGGAGCCCUCAGAAGACGAACGGGAACAAGGCACCAGUGCGGAGAGCGAAGCUGAGCACAAAAAAGUGAAAGCCAGAAGACCUGUGCCCAAAAGAACAGUGCCCAAACCUCGUGUUAAAAAGCAGCCUAAGAUCCAGCGUGGAAAAAGAAAAAAGCAAGAUUCUUCUGAUGAUGACGAUGAAGAUGAUGAAGCUCCCAAAAGGCAGACGCGUCGGAGGGCGGCUAAAAAUGUCAGUUACAAAGAAGAUGAUGACUUUGAAACUGACUCAGAUGAUCUCAUUGAGAUGACUGGAGAAGGAAUUGAUGAACAGCCGGAUAAUAGUGAAACUAUUGAAAAGGUCUUAGACUCCAGACUGGGAAAGAAAGGAGCCACUGGAGCGUCCACUACAGUGUAUGCUGUUGAAGCUAAUGGAGACCCGAGUGGCAGCUUUGAUUCUGGGAAGGAUGACGGUGAAAUCCAGUACCUCAUCAAGUGGAAGGGGUGGUCUUACAUCCACAGCACAUGGGAGAGUGAAGAAUCCUUACAGCAGCAGAAAGUGAAGGGCCUCAAAAAGCUAGAGAACUUCAAAAAGAAAGAGGAUGAAAUCAAACAAUGGUUAGGGAAAGUUUCUCCUGAAGAUGUGGAAUAUUUCAAUUGCCAACAGGAGCUGGCCUCAGAAUUGAAUAAACAGUAUCAGAUAGUAGAGAGAGUAAUAGCGGUGAAGACAAGCAAAUCUACAUUGGGCCAAACAGAUUUUCCAGCUCACAGCCGGAAGCCAGCGCCUUCCAAUGAACCUGAGUAUCUAUGCAAAUGGAUGGGACUGCCCUAUUCAGAGUGCAGCUGGGAAGAUGAAGCUCUGAUUGGAAAGAAAUUCCACAGCUGUAUUGACAGCUUCCACAGUCGGAACAACUCAAAAACCAUACCAACAAGAGAAUGCAAGGCCCUGAAGCAGAGGCCACGAUUUGUAGCUUUAAAGAAACAGCCAGCAUAUUUAGGAGGAGAAAACCUGGAGCUCCGAGAUUAUCAGCUAGAAGGUCUCAACUGGCUUGCUCAUUCCUGGUGCAAAAGUAACAGUGUAAUCCUUGCUGAUGAAAUGGGCCUAGGAAAGACCAUCCAGACCAUAUCAUUCCUCUCCUACCUGUUCCACCAACACCAGCUGUAUGGACCCUUUCUUAUAGUCGUCCCUUUAUCCACCCUCACCUCAUGGCAGAGGGAGUUUGAAAUCUGGGCACCAGAGAUAAACGUAGUGGUUUACAUAGGUGACCUGAUGAGCAGAAAUACGAUACGGGAGUAUGAGUGGAUUCAUUCCCAAACCAAGAGGCUGAAGUUCAAUGCACUUAUAACCACAUAUGAGAUUCUUUUAAAAGACAAGACUGUGCUGGGCAGUAUUAACUGGGCCUUUCUGGGAGUGGAUGAAGCCCAUCGGUUGAAGAAUGAUGACUCUUUAUUGUAUAAAACUCUGAUUGAUUUCAAGUCCAACCAUAGGCUCCUGAUUACGGGCACCCCUCUUCAGAAUUCCCUCAAGGAGCUCUGGUCCUUGCUGCACUUUAUUAUGCCGGAGAAGUUUGAGUUCUGGGAAGAUUUUGAAGAAGACCAUGGAAAAGGGAGAGAGAAUGGCUACCAGAGUCUUCAUAAGGUGCUAGAGCCGUUCCUUCUCCGGAGAGUCAAAAAAGAUGUUGAGAAGUCCCUUCCUGCCAAAGUGGAGCAGAUUCUCAGGGUAGAGAUGUCGGCCCUUCAGAAACAGUAUUACAAAUGGAUUCUGACCAGGAAUUACAAAGCUCUUGCCAAAGGAACAAGAGGCAGCACAUCUGGUUUCCUUAAUAUUGUGAUGGAACUAAAAAAAUGUUGCAACCACUGCUAUCUUAUUAAACCUCCUGAAGAAAAUGAAAGGGAAAAUGGACAAGAGAUUCUUCUGUCCCUGAUCAGGAGCAGUGGGAAGCUGAUUCUAUUAGACAAACUGUUGACAAGACUUCGAGAAAGGGGGAACAGAGUCCUUAUCUUCUCUCAGAUGGUGAGAAUGUUGGACAUCCUGGCCGAGUACCUGACUAUUAAGCACUAUCCUUUCCAGCGUUUAGAUGGCUCCAUCAAGGGAGAAAUCCGAAAACAAGCACUGGAUCACUUCAACGCAGAUGGGUCUGAGGACUUCUGUUUCCUGCUCUCGACAAGGGCUGGUGGCCUGGGAAUCAAUUUGGCAUCAGCGGACACAGUUGUCAUCUUUGACUCUGACUGGAACCCCCAGAACGACUUGCAGGCACAAGCCCGGGCCCAUAGAAUUGGUCAGAAGAAGCAGGUAAAUAUUUACCGCUUAGUUACAAAAGGAACUGUGGAAGAGGAGAUCAUAGAACGGGCCAAAAAGAAGAUGGUAUUGGACCAUCUGGUUAUUCAGCGCAUGGAUACCACUGGCCGGACUGUCCUGGAAAACAACUCUGGAAGGUCCAAUUCAAAUCCUUUUAAUAAAGAAGAGCUGACAGCUAUUUUGAAAUUUGGAGCAGAGGAUCUCUUCAAAGAACUUGAAGGGGAGGAGUCAGAGCCUCAGGAAAUGGAUAUAGAUGAAAUUUUGCGCUUGGCUGAAACCAGAGAGAAUGAAGUAUCAACAAGUGCCACCGAUGAGCUUCUGUCACAGUUUAAGGUUGCCAACUUUGCAACAAUGGAAGAUGAAGAAGAGCUAGAAGAGCGUCCUCAUAAGGAUUGGGAUGAGAUCAUUCCAGAGGAGCAAAGGAAAAAAGUAGAGGAGGAGGAGCGGCAGAAGGAGCUGGAAGAAAUAUAUAUGCUGCCUCGAAUUCGUAGUUCCACUAAAAAGGCUCAGACAAAUGAUAGUGACUCCGACACCGAGUCAAAGAGGCAAGCCCAGAGAUCCUCGGCAUCUGAGAGUGAGACAGAGGACUCUGAUGAUGACAAGAAGCCAAAGCGCAGAGGGCGCCCCCGGAGUGUGCGCAAAGACCUGGUGGAGGGGUUCACGGAUGCGGAGAUCCGCAGGUUCAUCAAGGCUUAUAAGAAAUUCGGUCUCCCUCUUGAACGGCUGGAGUGCAUAGCACGUGAUGCUGAGCUGGUGGAUAAGUCUGUGGCAGACCUGAAGCGCCUGGGUGAGCUGAUUCACAACAGCUGUGUGUCAGCAAUGCAGGAAUACGAGGAACAGCUGAAAGAAAACGCUAGUGAGGGGAAAGGUCCUGGAAAAAGGAGAGGCCCGACAAUCAAGAUAUCUGGAGUUCAGGUUAAUGUGAAAUCCAUUAUCCAACACGAAGAAGAGUUUGAAAUGUUGCAUAAAUCUAUCCCUGUGGACCCUGAAGAAAAAAAAAGAUACUGCCUAACCUGUCGGGUCAAAGCUGCACACUUUGAUGUAGAGUGGGGAGUGGAGGAUGACUCUCGCCUGCUGCUGGGAAUUUACGAACAUGGCUAUGGAAACUGGGAGUUAAUUAAGACAGACCCAGAGCUGAAACUGACCGACAAAAUUCUGCCCAUGGAGACAGAUAAAAAGCCUCAAGGGAAGCAGCUACAGAACCGAGCGGACUACUUGCUGAAGCUGCUAAGGAAGGGCCUGGAGAAGAAGGGGGCCGUGGCGGGCGGGGAAGAGGCCAAAUUAAAGAAGCGGAAGCCUCGAGUAAAGAAGGAAAACAAAGCACCCAGAUUGAAAGAUGAGCAUGGAGUUGAGUUUUCCUCACCCAGACACUCAGAUAAUCCAUCAGAAGAGGGAGAAGUGAAGGAUGAUGGCUUAGAAAAAAGUCCAGUGAAAAAAAAACAGAAGAAGAAAGAGAACAAAGAGAACAAAGAGAAACAAAUGAGUUCCAGGAAAGACAAAGAAGGGGACAAAGAAAGGAAGAAGUCAAAAGAUAAGAAAGAGAAGCCUAAAGGUGGUGAUGCCAAAUCUUCAAAUAAAUCAAAGCGAUCUCAGGGUCCUGUCCAUAUUACAGCAGGAAGUGAACCUGUCCCUAUUGGAGAGGAUGAGGAUGAUGAUCUCGACCAGGAGACCUUCAGUAUUUGUAAGGAGAGGAUGAGGCCAGUGAAAAAGGCACUGAAACAGCUGGACAAACCUGACAAAGGACUUAAUGUACAAGAACAGCUCGAACACACACGGAACUGCCUGCUGAAAAUUGGAGACCGGAUAGCCGAGUGCCUUAAAGCCUACUCAGACCAGGAGCACAUCAAACUGUGGAGGAGAAACCUAUGGAUUUUUGUUUCCAAGUUUACCGAAUUUGAUGCUCGAAAACUACAUAAGUUAUACAAGAUGGCUCAUAAGAAAAGAUCUCAAGAAGAGGAGGAGCAAAGGAAGAAGGAUGACAUGAUUGGUGGUAAGAAACCAUUUCGACCUGAGGCCUCGAGUUCAAGUCGGGAUUCUUUGCAAUCUCAGUCUCAUACCUCGCACAGCCUUCACCCUCAGAAGCCUCAUUUGCCUGGCUCCCAUGGCCCACAAAUGCACGGACACCCAAGAGAUAACUACAGUCACCCCAACAAAAGACAUUUUAAUGCAGAACGAGGAGACUGGCAGAGGGAAAGAAAGUUCAGCUAUGGUGCUGGCAACAGCAAUCCGCCCUGGGCCAGUGACCGGCACCAUCAGUACGAGCAGCACUGGUACAAGGACCACCACUAUGGUGACCGGCGACACAUGGAUGCCCACCGUUCUGGAAGCUAUCGGCCCAACAAUCUGUCCAGGAAGAGACCUUAUGAUCAGUACAGCAGCGACCGGGACCACCGGGGCCACAGAGACUACUAUGACAGACACCAUCAUGACUCCAAGCGGAGGCGAUCCGAUGAGUUUCGGCCUCAGAAUUACCACCAGCAGGAUUUCCGAAGAAUGUCUGAUCACCGCCCCGCUAUGGGCUACCAUGGCCAGGGACCCUCAGACCAUUACCGCUCUUUCCACACAGACAAAUUGGGGGAAUAUAAACAGCUGCUGCCCCCACUGCACCCUGCAGGCUCGGAUCCUCGCUCACCCCCUUCUCAGAAAUCUCCUCAUGAUUCCAAGUCCCCCCUGGAUCACAGGUCUCCUUUGGAGAGAUCACUAGAACAGAAAAACAACCCAGAUUAUAACUGGAACAUUCGGAAAACAUAAAGGACAGCUGGGGCAGGGGCGCACGGGAGCCGUCAGGCACGUGGACGCUUUGGUCUAGUGGCCGGUUUCUGGGCCGGAGGUGGGGCUUCUGGACACGCUGCUGCCGGCCCUGCCGCCCAAGGAGCACUUCAGGGAGUGGGAGGCCCGGGCAGCGGCCUGGUCUGGGCACCACUCCUGCACUCUGGCCCCACCCGACUCCAGCCAACUUGGCCUCCCGCCUGAUAGGUGCUAGGAAGAGUGGUGACUUUGCAUACCAGCUUCAGAGACUGUUCUCCAGGAAGGAUGGUGAUCUCUGAGUCACAGAUGUUUGAUUGCCAGGUUCAGUGAGCCCAGGACCUCGGUGCCGAGGUCAGGAAAGCACUGGUGCAUGAAGGCUGCUGAGACCUGCUGGACAGUGAGCGAGUGGUUCACAGUGAAGGAACAAUGCUGCUGAUGGGGCGAGGGUGGGGUCCCACAUUCUAGGACUUGAGGGGGAGCAGUCCGCCCCUCCAGUGUGUUCCUGGGAGAAGUGAGGCUCACGGGAUGGGGCGGGGCUGGAUAAAGAGGGAAGCGCCUUCCAGCGUGACCUCCCCUCUGCCAACACUAAUUCCCUUGCUGUCUUUGUACAUUUCAGAGCCUGGUCUCCCAGGUGGGCUCCUUUUUCCCUGUGUGCAGGGAGGGUCAGGGCCCCAUCUGACUUCUGAUUACUGUGAGUUAGGCAGCAUUGGCGUCAGCCUGGGUCCUCUUGGUCAGGGAGUGACCCAAGGGGCUCUAGGGUAGGUUAGGGAGGGGUAAUUUGGCCAGGGCACGGGAAUCCCUGGUGGACUUCUGACUGCUGUGGGAGAGGGGAAGGAGAGGGGACCGUAAGGCUGUGGCGGAUCCCUGCUGUGGGCUGGGUGUGUGAGGGAGCGGGGCGGGGCCUUUCAGUAUUGGAGUAGGGCAACAGCUGCAGCUGCAUUUUAGUCGAUUUCCCUUGCGCAGCUCAGAGAAGCAGAAGGGCACAUCUCUGACGGCCAUGGGGUGGUCAGACAGAUGAGCUACCUGCGGUGAAUGAGCUUCCACCGCGAGUGCUUAGUUUAAAAUCUGCAAAUUAUAAGCCUGUGUUCAUUGUUUUCCAGACUAGGAGGCAUCCCAGGGAGGGUAGCUGACUUAGAGAUGGUGAGAAUCACGCUGGAGUGAAUUGAGUCAGCACUGGGGCUGGGUGGUCGCAUCACGAAACAGGCUCCUUUCAGUGUACUGAUCCUGGGACCUUUUAAACAUUCAUUUUCAGUAUAGCUUUGCCAGUAUUCUUAAAGUAUCCAAAGCCUUUCUAGAUGGAGACAAAAACACUGACUUAAAUGGAAGGAAUAGUGUGCCUCUCAGCGUCCAGGGUCAGAGCUGAUGAAAGCCCUUCCCCUGGCGUGUGCAGGGUUAAACCCACUGGACGGACUCUGGGUACCCUGGCCCAAGCAACACCAUGAGCGCCUCCCCCAAGGCCUGCUGCAGUGUCUCCCCAGGGAACAGAAGCGGCGGUGCUUCCCAGGCAGGGGCCCGGGCCUCAAAGCUUGUGCCGGGGCUGGGCAGCCCCAGAGCCUCUCACUCUUCACGGGGCUUGAGGUUGCUGGCUCUGGCCUAUACAUUCAAGUCUUGCUGCAAAGCCCCGUGACUGCUCCGAGGGUGGGAAAUUCAGUCUCCACUUUGGCUACACAGUGAAAAGGAAACCAGAGGUGGAGCAGCUUGCUGAUGACAAUGCCACUACCUUGUGUUUUGUCCUGCCCAAGCCAAAGAGGAAGGCUAGGUUGGCUUGCUGGGUUGCCCGUGAUUGCUGAACCAUGGGGGCAAACGGGCACGAGCCCUGCAUUUCCAUACUCACCAAGGUUUUUCUCUCCAGUUGUUGAUGGGAAAUGGAAGUUAUUCCCAAAGAUGUCUCAUCACGAGGAAAGAGGAACUUUUGUUCAUAUUCAGGACUUAUAGUGCCAUAUAUAUGAUGUAGCAGGAGGCAGUAUCAGACAGAUCAGUGUUACAUUGGUUCUGAAGUUACAGUAUACGCACUCCAGCAAGCCUCUGUCAGAUGCUGAAGUAUAUCUGAAGAGUGGUUGGUAGAAAGGAAGCACUUCCUCAUUGAUUUAAAUCAGUAUGAGUAGCAUAUGCUUAAAUCACAACAGAAGUUUGCACAGGUAGGAAUUCUCUCACUGCUACGUGGGAGAAGCUGCCCCGGGACUGUGAGGACUGUAUUCCACAGAGCUUGGCUUGAAGGCCUGGCAUUGCUGAUGGGGAGUAGAGUGGGUUGAGCAAGGAGGGAGUUGCCCUCACCAGAAGCCGAGGUAAAUGAGGACGGACCUGAUGCAUGACAGCCCUUGGAAAGGACGAGGUGCCGCCCAGGCUGAUCCCUGGGCCAGAUGGCCCUUGGCCUGCUCUCCUCCUCUUAGUCAUUCCUUAGCCCUUCAGAGGGAUGCCUCACCGCCUGCAGACGCUCCGGCCUGGUUCGCAGGCCUCGAGGUUUGGAGGCAUCUGUUAGGGUUUCACGUGAUGACACAGCCCUACAGACCAAACCCACUUGUGAGCAGGAGUGUGGCCUGGGCCCAGCACAGCGCUCUUCCGGCCAUGUGGCAAGGAGAGCCAUGCCAAGGGUUCAGGCUGCUUUAGCCCAUCUGCACCCCACUCGCUGGGGACAGGUGGUUUUCUUCAUUGUAAAAUUGUGGACUUUUAAACCUGUUGACUAAACAGUAAUUAAUUUAUAUUUGUGGAAAAUGCCACUGUCCUAGUGAUUUCUGAUGUAAAUAAUGUUUAUAUAGUAUGUAUUAAAUUUUCCUACAUUGUAAAA